AUGUGAAGGCUCUGCAUUCAACCCUGCAAAAAUGCUUAUGAAUGCUGUAAGCAAUGUGAUCUGCAGCAUUGUCUUCGGGCAUAGGUUUGAACCUGAGGAUCCACAGUUUAAGUCUCUCAUUCGGACCGUAAAUACUUACUUCAGUAUUCUCAGUAGUCCUCUUGGACAGAUCUAUAAUAUAUUCCCUAGGUUAGUCAGCCUCUUUCCCGGUAAACACCAUCAGCUGUUUAAAGACCUAGAAGAGGCCAGGGAGUAUUGCAAGCAUGAGGCACAGGCUCGGAUGAAUAUUCCGGACCUCUCCUGCCCGCAGGACUUCAUUGAGGCCUUUGUACUAAAAAUGAAAGAGGAGAAAGACAAGCCUAACACAGAAUAUCAUUUUGGCAACUUGAUUUCUGUGGUGUGGAACUUGCUCAGUGCCGGCACAGAAACUACUUCAUCCACCGUCAGACACGCUUUGCUUCUGAUGAUGAAGCACCCAGACAUUCAAGAGCGUGUUCAGAGGGAACUUGAUGAGGUUGUAGGACAGGAGCGUUGGCCCUCAGUAGAGGACAGACAAAACCUGCCGUAUACAGAUGCUGUAAUCCAUGAGAUUCAGCGCCAUAUGGAUCUCGCCCCCAUCGCUAUCCCCCACAAGAUGAUGUGUGACACUGAAUACAACGGUUAUGUCAUUCCUAAAGGGGUCAUGGUUUUCCCACUGCUAUCAUCUGUGCUUAUAGAUCCGAAACUGUGGAAGAACCCAAAUUGCUUUUUAUCCAGAGAACUUCUUGGACGCAGAUGGUGAUUUCAGAAAAACGAUGCAUUUGUUGUAUUUGGCAUGGGCAAGCGUGCGUGUAUUGGUGAGGCUUUGGCUCGUAUAGAGCUGUUUAUCUUCUUCACGUCCCUCCUUCAGCACUUCACCUUUAAAGCCACAGUGCCACCAGAGGAGCUCAACACAACACCAACAAAUUGCAGUUUUGGCCGCAUGCCCCGCACAUAUGAAUGCUUUGCCAUUCCCAGGAAAUAGAGGAACAUGCCCACAGAAUAACCAAAGAAAACAUAUUCUCAUUUCAGUUUGAUGCUUUUAAUGGAAAUAAAUAUGUCCAAAAUUA